AUAAACAUCCUAUACAACAUCGAAUAAUCGAGAAUAUAAACAUUUGAUCCCGUUUUCUACCUGGUCGCGAUGGAAGCGGGAGGACAAAGGCGCAGAUGGGAGAACUGCUGGAUUGCUCUGUGUAUUUCUUAUCUUAUUAUCGUCGGACAGCAGGUUUCAGCUCAGAUACGAUAUUCUGUUGCAGAAGAAGUCAAAGAAGGAACUGUUGUUGGAAAUAUUGCCAAGGAUUUGGGUCUUGACGUAAGUAGCUUGGUGGACAGACAGUUUCGAAUCGUUUCUGGAUCUAAGGAGGAGCUUUUUCAGAUAAAUCAGGACAAUGGCGUUUUGUACGUUCAUAAGAAAAUCGACAGAGAGUCUCUGUGUGUUGGCAGUGGAGUCUGUAUGGUUAAUUUAAAAACUGUUAUCGAAAAUCCUCUCGAGAUUCAUUAUGUAGAAGUAGAUAUAUCUGAUAUAAACGAUCACUCUCCAAUUUUUCUUGAAAAGGAGCAGCGUUUGAAUAUUUAUGAAAAUACACUACCUGGUGCUGAUUAUCAAUUACAAGCUGCCAGAGAUCCUGAUUAUGGUACUAAUUCGGUUCGAUCUUACAAAUUAAGCCCUAAUGAUUAUUUUGAAAUUCGAAUGAGAGAGGGCGAUGAAGAGAAAAUACCAUUUUUAGUCCUGAAGAAGGCUGUUGAUAGGGAGAUUACUACAAAACACAAACUGAUUUUAACAGCUGCUGAUGGAGGAAAUCCAUCCAGAUCUGGAGCUCUUAACAUUACAAUUACUGUUCUAGAUAUAAAUGAUAAUCGCCCUGUAUUUAGUCAAGAAAUAUAUUCUUUGACGUUACAGGAGAAUUGUAGAACUGGCACUGUAGUUACUCGAGUGAAUGCUACUGACAUUGAUGAAGGCUCGAAUGGUGAUAUUGAGUACAGCUUUGCAACGUUAAACAGCGAAGUACAUGAUGCUUUUAAACUCGAUCAGAUCACAGGUGAAAUUCGUGUAAAGGAAGAAAUAGAUUUUGAAGAUACAGAAGUUUAUAAAUUCGAUAUUCAGGCCUCUGAUAAAGGGCAUCCACCAAUGUCUGCAAAAUCUAGAGUUGUUAUUAAAAUUAUUGAUGUGAAUGACAACAGCCCUGAGAUUGAGAUUACGUCACUUUCUAAGAACAUUCCUGAGGAUUCUAAACCUGGAACGGUGAUUUCUCUGAUCAGUGUGAUCGAUAAAGACGCCGGGAUAAACGGUAAAGUCAUUUGUCAGUUGAAUAAAAAUGUUCCCUUUGAGCUAAAGCCUUCUUUUAAGGACAAUAUGUACUCUUUAGUAACAAAAGAUCGCUUAGAUAGAGAGACUCAUUCACAGUACGACAUUACAAUAACAGCCUCUGAUUUAGGACAGCCGUCUUUGACUGCAUCGACCACUCUAAGCGUUCAGAUUUCUGAUGUGAAUGAUAAUGCUCCAGAAUUUAUUAUAAAUCCAAUAAAUAUUUACCUGAUGGAAAACAAUGCUGCAGGUUCGUCCAUAAUUUCAGUCUCUGCCUCUGAUAAAGACUCUGCUGAAAAUGCCGCGAUAUCGUAUCAUAUCAUCAGAGGUGAUGGAUCACAGACUGAUAUGUCCUCUUUCUUGAAUAUAAAUUCUGAGACAGGUGUUGUUUAUUCACUAAAGAGCUUUGAUUAUGAGACAUUAAAAACAUCCCACUUUCACGUGCUCGCCACAGACUCUGGAAGUCCAUCUCUGAGCAGUAACGUGACAGUGAACGUGUUUAUUCUGGAUCAGAACGACAACGUUCCAGUGAUCUUAUAUCCAGUCAGCGCUAACGGUUCUGCUGAGGGUGUGGAAGAGAUUCCCCGUAAUGUGAACGCAGGUCAUUUGGUGACUAAAGUCAGAGCCUAUGACGCAGAUAUAGGAUACAACGGCUGGUUAUUAUUCUCACUGCAGGAAGUUAGUGAGCACAGUCUCUUUGCUUUGGACCGCUAUACAGGACAGAUAAGGACCCUUCGCUCAUUCACAGAAACAGACGAGGCCCAGCAUAAACUGCUCAUACUGGUCAAAGACAAUGGGAACGUUUCACUCUCAGCAACAGCGACUGUGAUUGUCAAAGUUGUGGAGCCCAAAGAGGCUUUUGCAGCUCCUGAUGAUAAAAAGGCAGUAAAAGACGAGGAGGAAAACAACGUCACAUUUUAUUUGAUCAUCACUUUGGGCUCGGUUUCAGUGCUUUUCGUCAUCAGCAUCAUCGUGUUGAUUGUAAUGCAAUGCUCCAAAUCUACAGACUAUUCGUCCAAGUAUUUACAGGACGCAAAUUAUGACGGGACUCUGUGUCACAGCAUCCAGUACAGAUCUGGAGACAAACGCUACAUGUUAGUUGGACCCAGAAUGAGUAUCGGCUCUACUAUAGCACCAGGCAGUAAUAGGAAUACUCUAGUCAUACCAGAUCGCAGGAGGAGGGAUUCUGGAGAGGUAAGACUGGCUGAUUUAUUUCAAUCUUAUUUUUGA